CUCUAAACAUAAGGUGGCGAUUGGAUGUUGAGAAGAGGGCAACUAGACACUUGUUUACAUCCGAUUGUACGGGGAUCUGAAGCAUUUACUAACUUGUGGACCUAUCUAGGAUAUGUACAAUAAUGGGUGACUCAUCUCGGAGCUCUGGGUGCAGGUGCCCGUGUUGGCCCGCCAGUGAGGAGUCGUCCAAAACUAAGAAGGUGCUACGGUUGAGUCCGAAGUCGAAGAAGAAACAAAAAGCAAAGGAGAGUCAUACCAUGAGAGAGAUGGACGGACAAGGGGCAUGCAAACUUAACGACGUUCUCCCUAAUGGAUUCUCAGACAGGGAAAUUCUAGAACUCAAACAAGCUUUUGACCUGUUUGACAAGAACAACGAUGGCAAGAUAUCCUGUGAGGAGCUUGGAUGUGUACUCAGGUCUCUCGGUCACGAUUAUACGCAACCGGAAGUAGAAGAGAUGAUCAAAAAUGCCGAUAAAAAUGAAAACGGCUUUGUAGAAUACGACGAAUUCCUUAUCUUAAUGAAGCGCUGGGCGGCCAACCACGCCGCUCGUGCAGAAGCAGAGGCAACGGAGGCGGAGGAGAAGACGAAGGAGACGUUUAAAGUGUUCGACAUGGACGGUAACGGCUACAUCGACAAACACGAACUGCGGUACGUCAUGCGACGUCUCGGCGAGAACCUUGAGGAAGAGGACGUGAAGGCCAUGUUCCAGCUAGCCGACCUGAAUGGCGAUGGCUUAAUAGAUUUCGAAGAAUUUUCCAAACUAAUGGGUGGCCUCAGUUUCCCUUUGUUUCCAAAGGAGGCCGGUUCAGGGGAGGCAACUGCACAUAGCUCAAGUCAAGACAGUCAAAAGAAGAAGAAAUGAAAUGUUCCUUUGAAGAAACAUUUGAGUGUUUUCGGUUCUUUUCCCUUGUCCCGCCAAAUCUUGAGAUGAUGUGAUACCUUGAAGACUUCCUUCUUAGGCAAUAAACAGAGACCACUGGUUCUCUUCUGGGACAAGGUCGAGGUUAAGGAAGAAGGUCAAGGUCAUUGGGCCCCUUGUGCACAAGAAACAAGGUCACAAUUCACAUUCCAUCUAACGUAUGUUGUUCUCUGUCAAGCACAAAGGAUUCACUAUUUAGCAAAUCACCUUUUAUAUAUAGUCGGAUAACACUUUCACUGAAGAGAUUCCAGAAAGGAAUAUUUAUAUUGUUUCCGGGAUUGUUGUCUAUGUUAAAGCGACAGAGGAUAUAUUUACCAAUGACUCACGGAGCUAGAUCUUCCUGCAACGUCAGUGCAGCUAUAACAAGAUGUCCCAGAACUCCUUAUUGCAAAUGGUGAAUAUUUCAUAUCCGGUAUCAUGGCGCCGUCAGUUGAUGACGGCCAUCGGGGGAUAUGUACCGGUUUAUGCUGGUUGACGAUUCGACCAGAGUGGGCGGAAGGAGCUUGUGGAGUGGCCACGGCAAGAACAUUCUACCGCCUUGUGUUGAGGACGGAAGAGACGGAUAUGUUUACACAUGUUUGGGUCCCUUAUCGUUCCACAGCUUCGUGAGGGCUCUGGACAGACGGACGGAUAUUGUAUCCAUUGUGAUAGAACGUGUUUUCUUUCUCGCCUCGUGUUCACAAUUUUGUAACUAUACUUUUUUUAGCAAUCUCGUACUUUGAAUGGUUGUUUUGCACAUUUAAGAAGAGUGAUCAUAUUGUUUGUUAUCAUGAUGAAUUCCCCGUCCCCUCCUCCCCUCCUCCCCCAGAGUAAAUAUUAUUUAUUAUUUAUGAUUUCGUACAUACAGUAUGUUCAACCUCUUUAUAAUGAGUGGCAACGUUUAUGAAAUGAUGUUAUUAUCAUGAGAGUUUGUGCAGAUUUUGCAACCCAACUCCGCCUUUCCUCAGAACCUGUAUGAAAUAUGAAAUACUCACUUUGUUCAUCAUUACUAAUCCUACAGUGACCUUCACCUUACCAGACUGUAGGUUUGAUGAUAGUAUACACCAUGACGUUCACCUCUACCGACCAGAGCGGUACGAGGAUCAGAAGGGUGUGUGUUUGUCACACCCGGGUAGAAUUGCCUUGGAUGCAUCCACCGAUCAAUCGUGUCCGUGGUACUUAGGUCAUAUAUUGAAACCUGUAUCAUGCUCUUUGAAACCAUUUAGUAAUGACUUUGAUAUUUUUUACGGAAGUAUAAAUGUGAAAACCGGAGUACACACCAGGUAAAUCUGUACAAAUGUUUACGCAGUGUGCACACAUACAUUUCCAACUCAUCAACCCGGAAUCAACCGUAGGCCAUUCUUAUUCGUUCCGUCAAUCAAGCAUGCACUGCCAGUUCUGUUAUUAGCCAAUCUGGAAACAGUUGCCUUGAUUGUUAGCGCUAUGAGCAGUUUGGCGCUAUAUAAAUGGACACAUUAUUAUUAUUAUUAUAUAAACAGUUGUCUGCUAGUGGGCGUGGCCUGAAAUAUAUUUUUCGGUUUGUGGCAAGACAUGUUACCCAGAUAGCAAAUCAAAUGCCUCAGAACCGCUGGCAAUGUAUUUUGUACCCCACAGAGAAGUUUGAUUAUUUCAUCACUUGAUGUCGGUCGCCCUUUGUGAGAAAAUAUACCUAAGCGAUAAUUUACUCUGGAUACGUUUCACGUCGCCGAUAUUGCCACAUAUGUCAUAUCCACUACCUCUUUACUACUUUCAUGCAUUUAAGAUUAAGAUGCGUAACGAAAUUUCACAUAUAACUGCAGCAAUUCUAGCUAAUGGUUACCAAGACGAUACGCCAUGUUGAAGUUUGAGUUGAGUAACACGUGCUACCGUUUCUCCAUAAAGACGUUAAGUUGACGAGGAACUUCUUUAACCACGCGUUUAGACACCAUCUUCCAGUAGCUGCUUGAAGUCAGUACUUACGAUCACGUCACCCUGGAAACCGCCAGUCCAGUGUUUUCUUUCAUCAAGCUUCAUCCCUACCCUCAUCCCAACCAAAGACCACAUCCUACCGCGCCCAACUUCAAUCAGCAACAUACUUGUGGAAAACUCAGUGUCUAGCGUACAAUACAACACUGAAAGCAUUUCUCUGUGAAAGAUAAGCACAUUUAUAUACCCAGAAUGCCAAUCUCUACGUGCGAGAAGUAUACUCGGACGUUAAAGAACAUCCGAUUCUUUCUUACGUUACGUCAAAGUAAUAUUUAAAAAUCCGAUGUGCUUUGACGUCUUUUGAGUAGAAGGUAAACAACACCACAUUCGGUCAUUUCUAUUUAGUGAUACGACAGAAACUAUGGGAUUUGGACAACAGGGUUAAAUAUUAGCUUCUGACUAAAGUGGUUAUGGGAUAAUGAAUGUGUAUGUUUCCAUGCAGUAUUAACCCCGGACGGACAGCUUGUCAGAAUGGUUCUUAAAGGCGGAUUGCUUUCUUGUGUAUUGUCCAUGGCAGGUUAACUAAGACAACUAGAACUGGCCUUAUUGAGUAUUUACAGUGGUACUUGUACGGUAACCGUACCCUGAGAACAGAGGAACCAGCAGUAUUAAGAGGUUGAAUAUAUGUCGAUGCACAACCUGGGUCAUAUCCUACACCUAUCGAUCUCUUUCGUGAUAUCUCACCCUGUAAAUAUGUACAUAUGUCGUUGUCCAAAUAAAAGUUACAUUUCCUGAGCUACCAACCUGUCA